CUACAAGUGGAAAGGGCGGGGAUCUGCGAUCUGUAACUGUUUGCCUGCUGUUUGUUUAUUUACAUCCAAAGACAGCUGUCACUUUGUCGAAAUGAAUUCAUCCUUUGCGAACCCCAUAUCUUUAAUGGACUUUUCUUUAAAUAAGAGUGAUAUAAAACAUACAUCAGUUAGUAAACAUGGUGAUCGAGAAUUCAUGGUAUGGAUGUCAUCGUUUAGCCCAAAUCUACUAAGUAGAUACCCGACUCUUACGAAGGAGGCUCAAUCUAAACUUCGGAGCCUGUACACCAUCAACCAACAAGCAGACAAUGCUGUUGAAGAAGUACUUAGGGGCUUAAAUCGAUGCGAACAGGACUAUGAAGCAUUGGCAGAGAAGACUGUAAGUCAACUUCAGCUGCUAGGUUUGAGUGAAGAUGAAGAAUUCAGCUGCGAGACACAAAAUGUUCUCCGAGAAGUUGGAGCUAUCAUCAGUAAGGGUCAUGUUGGAGACGGAACUGGUGCGGGCUCUGCUGCUACACUAGCUGUAGAUUUUUUGGCUCACGCCAGUGCUGCUAGACAAAAAUUAAAUCUGCUGAAAGAUAUCAAGCUGAUGCGAAAGAGGAAUGAGAGACUGAAAGAUAAUUUGUUAUAUUUUGAGAAAGAGUAUAAAAUGGCAGCAGAUGAAGUAUCAAAUUUGCAGAAUUAUUUAGAAAGCUCUGCUGUUGAACUGAAUGUAAGCCACUCUAAUCUUUCAAACUUAAGUAAGACAAAUUCAUCAUCCAGAAUAGAGUUUGAAAACCAGGCAGUACCUUCAACCAUCUCAACUCAAGCCAUAUUGGACUCACAUUACGCUUAUGAGGGUUUAAUCAAAGACAUACAGAACCUUGAAAAAAAAUUUGAGCAAUAUGGAGAGCUUCCACCUAGCAUUACAGAGGCUGUUAAAAUAGUUGAAAGAACAAAGGAACAGUUAGAGUCCACUUCAGCUACUCUAAAAAUGAAAUUGACAUCUUAUCACAAGUGAGAGUAUCGAUGAUGAAAGGAAUGCAAUGUGUACUUUACCUCUGUUGCUACAUGUUUUAAUAUGACCGAAAAUAAUAAAAAGAACCUCUAAACAUGACAA